AAAAAUGAUGGAACCAAGGAGAAAUCGAUAAACGGUAUAUCUACCACGAACAAUAACAUCACCCUAGAGAGCACAGGAGGUCACAAUGAUAACUCCAAUCAACAGAGCGAUUCCACACUGAGACCCAUCUCCGUUAACAAUAAUGCCACGGAUCGACUAAGCUCCGGUACGCGCAGGGAUUGGAGGAGCGGGUUCAAACCCAUCGACGAAUUCCUACAGGAGAUGCGGUUAGAAUAUCCUCAACCCACUCAACAUUUAAAUUGGAUACCGUUUGAAGAAUUUGUUAACUGUAAUUAUGUGGCGAAGGGUGGGUUUUCAACUAUUUAUGAGGCCACUUGGACUACGUCUGGACAAACUGUGUCCCUGAAAUGCUUGAACGAUUCUCAAGACAUAAGCACCGAAUAUUUAAAUGAGCUCAAGCGAAAUUGGGUUUUGCUUUUGCAACCUCAGUUUCUGCAGUGUUAUGGAAUCACUCAGCAACCGACCACAGGAGAAUUUAUGAUGGUCAUGCAAUAUGCGCCAUUCGGUGAUUUGAGAUCGUACCUUCAACACAACCAGACAUCAAGUUGGAAGGACAAAGUUCGAAUCUUGAAACAAAUUGCUCGCGGAAUUAGCGAGAUGCACAAAAGAGACCUGGUUCACGGAAACUUGCAUAGCGGCAACGUGGUGAACCUGGACAACGCUCAUUUCGUUAUUGCCGAUGUCGGAUUGUGCGGACCCCGUCCCGAUUUCGCCGAGAUUUCAGAUACCAUUUACCACUGGUUGGUAGACGAAUCGUUGGAAUCAUCACUUCGUAAAAGCAGCAUGAAGUCAGCGCUCAAGAAUUCACCAAAUAAGAAAACACAACAUCCGGAUGCUGUGUACUACAGUAGGUUAUUAGAUUUUCCGGAGAUUAAAGAUAUGCGUAGACGUCAAUAUCUCUCGUUGAACAUCCCGCGAAAUAUUUCGACCAUCUCGAGUAUUUCGGAUCAAGAUACGCAGAGCGAAUCACAAAUAUCAUUAGAUGCCGAAGACCAAACCGAAACACCAAAUCAAUCACCCUCUUCACCUUACUCAAAUUUCUCAUUAAACCGUUCAACACAGUUACGAAAUUCAUUAAACUAUCCCCCUACCUCCCGAGACACUACCAAUUAUAUUCCAAGCACAAAAGAAACCUAUAAGUUUGUACCUCCCAAAGAAGCCUACAGCUUCUUGUCGCAGCCUCCGAUACCAGCCAAUCAAAAUGAAAGAUCCUUGAACAACCCCCGAGCCCAUAAACCAAAUUCCAGCGGGUUCCCUCUCCCGCGUACAUCAAGCCACAAUAAUGGUGCUAUACUGGAAGAGACCCGACAGAUGAAAACCAAUUGUAUAGACGAUCAAAAAAAUGAAAACAUGUCCAUCGUCGAAAAACAUCAUUCGAGAAAUCACACUUCUGAUUCAAUAAUAAUUGAAUCGAAUUCGGAAAGACAUGAGCCGUUGAGUACCUCGGAGGGACUUCGGUGCUGCGAUCAGUCACUGGUGAAGGAAUUAAACAAAUUACCCGGUAAAGGAAAUAAUUACGUACUUGUAAGAUGUCCCAAACAUCUUGAGGUUGCAGCACAGGACCACGAUCCUAUGAGUGGUGACGGUCGUGUGUCGAAGAAGAAGAAAUGGUGGUUUACCAAGAAGAUGUUCAAGAAAGAUAAAAUGAAUGAAAAGGUGAUCUGCGGCGUCGGUAGAUUUUCGGAAACGGUUACGGUGAGGAGACCUGAUGGUAAAAUGGUUGUAGUGAAGCGUGUAGAUAAGAAUAAACUCGUGCCAACCGAUUAUUAUAAGGACGCUCACCCAGGAAAAUGUACUUGCAAAUCUUGCCAGGAUCAUGUCUCGAUCUUCUCGUUCGCGAGAGUAAAAGGAACGGUUGCAUCCGAUAUUGUCCAUACUUCUAAAAUCAAAAACGAAACAAGUCCAACCAAGUCAAAGUCUUCACCCGCAUUGAUCUCCUUCGCGGAAAAUUCAAAUUUUACCUCCUCAGGAAUACAUAAGAUCUUGGAUGGAGUCGACUUGACUCACUCUCCUCGUAAUUCCUUGUCCUCUUCACAAUCCCUCCGACCUAAAUAUUCGGUUCCUCUCUCGGUCUCGCAUUCGUCUAUGUCUUCCGAUGCAGAAAAAAAAAUCCCAUUGGAAUUGAUGUCACUGCUGGUACAUAGCACGGAGCUUCCUGAACUCAUAUGUCAUCAUUCCAAUAAUGAAUAUUACUAUUAUAUCACAAAAAUGCACGGAGUUAAACAGAGAAAAUGGAAGAAACCAAGAAGUUGGUUUUGCAAAAAAUAUUUCGACAUUAAUUGGGAAGAAUAUAUCUGGGAUCAU